CCUCACUUCCGAGUCCUACUCUCUGUAUUUGCUUUCUGCUUCGCUUUCACCAUUUUUGGGGGUCUUCGUCUUUUCGCUCGUCCAUGGUGGUGGAUUUUGCAGUCCCUUUUGCCUUUGGGUUCCAAAAGCUCCAACAAUCCUUAAAAAGCCGCCUCUCGGCCUCCCUGGGAGCUAGAUAUAGACGAGAGUUCUUCUAUCUCGAACGUGUUCAUAAGUUCGAUUUAGUAUUCGCGUCGUGAAUCUAGUGUAUGUCGUCCGAAAACGAAAGAAUGGAGGAAGAAAACUGGAGGAAAUUGGUGAAGGAGAUGCUCCCUCCUGGAGUAUCUAUCCCGGAAAGUGCUGGCGAUUUGGAUUACUCCAUAGCUAUGGAGUAUGAGGGUCCACCAGUAAUCUAUGACGUCCCGAGAGUCGAACCUGUUGAUGUGAAUCCUCAUUCGAUUCCAAUGGCUGAACCUUUAUCUGAAUCCCAAAGGUCCAUUGCUUGUAAUGGUCCUCCGAUGAUUGAACCGAUUCCUUUGCCAGUUUCUCGUAUUGUUGGUGUCAUGAGUUCCCCUACUCAGAGUCCAAGGGUAUCAGGAAGUUCGGAGUCUGUAGUAUCCGUCCUGCAAAAUCGUGAUUUCUCUUCAGCUUCACCUUCUGCCUCCCCAGCUUCGGUUCAUAACGUUCCUAGCAAUCAACCGAGACAAGUGGUUAUCGAUGCGAGGAGAGCACCUGUUGUCACUUUUAAUACUGUCGAUCACUCCCAUCGAAAGGAACUUAAUGUUGAGAAGCAAGUGUAUCCAGAGUACAUCGGAGUUUCGAAAGAGAAGAAGAAAAAGAAAACUCGAGUAUGUUAUAGGUGUGGGAAAGGAAAGUGGGAAACGAAGGAGUCGUGUUUAGUUUGUGAUGAUAAGUAUUGCGGUAGCUGUGUCCUUAGAGCCAUGGGAUCAAUGCCUGAAGGGCGUAAAUGCGUCACUUGCAUCGCUGCUCCUAUAGACGAGUCUAAGAGGUCAAAAUUGGGCAAGCAUUCGAGGGUCUUGUCUCGUUUACUUAGUCCUUUAGAAGUCAAGCAGAUUAUGAAAGCUGAGAAAGAAUGUCCUGCUAAUCAGCUUCGUCCCGAACAGCUGAUUGUGAAUGGAUUACCUCUACGGGCUGAAGAGAUGGCCGAAUUACUCGGAUGCCCUCUUCCUCCACAGAAAUUGAAACCUGGUAGAUACUGGUACGACAAAGAAUCCGGUCUCUGGGGAAAGGAAGGAGAAAAACCAGAUAGAAUCAUUUGUUCGAACUUGAGCUUCACCGGCAAGCUUAGCCCCAGUGCAAGCAACGGAAACACCGAAGUUUACAUCAACGGUCGAGAAAUCACUAGACUCGAACUAAGGGUGCUUAAGUUGGCAAAUGUACAAUGCCCACGAGACACACAUUUUUGGGUCUAUGAUGACGGUCGGUACGAGGAAGAAGGUCAGAACAAUAUCAGAGGAAAUAUUUGGGAGAAGGCUUCGACACGCUUUGUCUGUGCGUUGUUCUCAUUGCCUGUGCCACACGGUCAACCACCACCUGGAGUGAGAGAAGAGGCUAGCAAUUAUACAUCAGUUCCCAACUAUUUUGAGCAACAAAAAAGGAUUCAAAAACUUCUGCUCAUCGGGAUCGAAGGCUCGGGAACUAGCACCGUCUUUAAGCAGGGAAAAUUUUUGUAUGGGAACAGAUUUAAUCAAGAAGAGCUUCAAGAUAUCAAACUUAUGAUUCAGAGUAACAUGUAUAAGUAUCUCAGCAUCCUGCUGGACGGUCGAGAACGCUUUGAGGAGGAGUUCAUAAACCGAAAAAAUGCUCCAAAUUCUCGGGGCGAUCAAGCUCUCGUCACUGAUGGAGAGAGGGAGGUUAGCGAAUGCAUAUACUCCAUCAACUCGAGGUUAAAACAUUUUUCCGAUUGGCUUCUCGAUAUCAUCGCUACCGGAGAUUUGGAUGCAUUCUUCCCUGCUGCAACUCGCGAGUAUGCUCCAUUAGUCGAAGAGCUAUGGAAAGAUCCUGCGAUCCAAGAAACUUACAAGAGAAAAAACGAGCUCCACUUUCUUCCCGAUGUUGCCGAGUACUUCUUAAGCAGGGCUGUGGAGGUGUCGAGCAAUGAAUACGAACCUUCCGAUCGAGAUAUCCUCUACGCAGAGGGGGUGACACAAGGGAACGGAUUGGCUUUCAUGGAAUUUUCACUCGACGAUCGGAGUCCAAUGUCCGAGACCUACAUUGAUAAUCUCGAAGCUCCACCCCCGCCCCUUACUCGAUACCAACUUAUAAGGGUAAGUGCUAAGGGGAUGAAUGAAGGGUGCAAGUGGGUAGAGAUGUUCGAAGACGUUCGAGUCGUUGUCUUCUGCGUUGCUCUCAGUGAUUUCGAUCAGAUGUCUCUUGCUGCCGAAGGUAGUGGCAGCGGGAACCUAUUACAAAACAAGAUGAUGCAAAGUAAGGAGCUCUUUGAGACGAUGGUCCGACACCCUUGCUUCAAAGAUACCCCAUUUGUUUUGAUACUCAACAAGUACGAUCUCUUCGAAGAGAAAGUAAACCGGGUGUCAUUGAAUGUUUGUGAAUGGUUUAACGAUUUUAGCCCCGUUCAACCGCUGCACAGCAACCAGUCACUCUCUCAUCAAGCUUACUACUACGUAGCCAUGAAAUUCAAAGACCUUUAUCAAUCCAUCACUGGUCGUAAGCUUUUUGUAUGGCAAGCUCGAGCAAGGGACCGAGUGACUAUCGACGAAGCAUUCAAGUAUAUAAGAGAAGUUGUUAAGUGGGACGACGAGAAAGAAGAGAACUACUUUGGACCUGAGGAUUCCUUCUAUAGCACAGGUGAGCUCAUCUCCAUUUGUUAGACAACAAUGAUGAUGAACAGAGAUUUCUUGUACUAGUUUCAUAAAUAGUGUCAAAAGUGAGCCCAAAAAAGGAAGAAAAACAUGAGCUUCACUUUCCUCUCACCUCUCCUCGGAUCGAAUAAGGUUGUUCUUGCCAUUUUUUGAAGUUUUGAUAUCUUCUCAUGCCAUAUAGCAAGCCUGCAGCCCUAUGUUCUUCA